UUAGAUGAUCCUCAUGGUCCCGUCCAACUCUACAGUUCUAUGAUUUUAUGAAAAGCUGUAUGUAAACAGAGAUCAGGGUUCAACCUCUGUCCGCCUUCUUUGAUCUCUUGCUGCAACCUUUCCUGUUUGAGCAAGAAAUAAAACUGCCUUUAGCGGAGAAUUCUCGGGUGACACUCGUCCUUGCUGGUCAUCAUGUCUUCUAUUAAAAUCGAGACUGUUGUGAAGCAGAAGAACAGGAUGGGGGAGUGCCCUACAUGGGAAGAAAGGGAGAAUUCCCUUGUAUACGUAGACAUCAAUUCACAGAAAGUUUGCCGCUGGAACUCAGUCACCAACGAAGUUCAGUGUGUGUCUGUGGACGCUCGUGUUGGCUCAGUAGCCCUUCGCAAGUGUGGUGGCUACGUGAUCGCUUUAGGAAGAAAGUUUGCUUUCUUGAACUGGGAAGAUCAAGUAGUCACUGAUAUUUCUGAAGUGGAACAGGAUAAACCAAACAACCGAUUCAAUGAUGGAAAAGUAGACCCAAGGGGUUCUUUUUAUGCAGGUACCAUGGCCGAAGAGACAGCACCUGGAGUCAGAGCAAGGCAGCAGGGGGCUCUUUAUACUCUCUUCCCUGAUUGUGGUGUCGUGAAGCAGUUAGAGAAGGUGGACAUCUCCAAUGGGCUGGACUGGUCACUCGAUCACAGGACCUUCUUUUACAUCGAUAGCCUGGCUUAUGCCGUGCAAGCCUUCGACUAUGACAUGCGAACAGGAAUGAUUGAUUGUUGCAGUUGCAGGCCUGUUUACAAGCUGGAGAAAGAGGAGGCGAUGCCUGAUGGGAUGUGCAUCGAUAUAGAAGGGAAACUCUGGGUGGCCUGUAUUGAUGGUGGACGAGUGAUCCGCAUUGACCCUGAAGCAGGAAAAAGAAUUCAGACUGUCAAGAUGCCUGCUUCCAGGAUCACUUCUUGUUGCUUUGGAGGGAAAGACUAUUCAGAAAUGUAUGUCACUUCGGCCUACGAUGGACUGGAUAGCGAUGCGUUAGCCAAGGAACCCCAGGCUGGGGAAAUUUUCAAGAUAACAGGACUGGGUGUGAAAGGCAUCCCACAGAACUACUUCACUGGUUAAAUAUUCAUAUGUGCUCGAUAUUCAACCCACCCAGAAGCCAUGGUGGACAACAAGAGAAGCAUGAAUUUCAAACCUGCAUUCUUAUCUGAAGGCUACCUAUAUAUCCUUUAUGUACUGUAAUGUUCCAUAACUGGUUU